UUUGAGACACUUCGCCAUAAUAACUUGAUCUUGUCGGGUUCAAUCCAGCUUCGCCAAGUGAUCAAAAUGCGGCCGAGGAAGAGGGACGUGCUGCUCCUCUGGUUGCUUGUGUGCUCCGGCGUGGCGGAGGCGCUGGAGCCCAUCAGCACCACCAUCGCGGUGGGGAUGGCAGCGGCUCUCCUGGCCAGAUACCAUUACAUUUUCUACUACUUCCGCGAGUGCUGCCGACCUGAAUGGAUCUCCUUCAACAGGACAAGGCUCAAGACCGACCUGGACAGCAAGCUCUUCGGGCAGCACAUCGCGUCCCGCAUCAUUUUAAAAGCCGUGACCGGGUUCAUGAGCAACGACAACCCCAAGAAGCCCCUGGUGCUCUCCCUGCACGGAUGGACCGGCACCGGGAAGAACUUUGUGAGCAAGCUAAUCGCCGAUAGCAUUUACACCAAGGGAAUGCACAGCGGCUUUGUCCACUUGUUAACGUCCACGCUUCACUUCCCGCAUGCGGAGCACAUCGCCACCUACAAGUCUCAGUUACAGCAGUGGGUCAGAGGCAAAGUGAUCAACUGUGAGCGCUCCAUGUUCAUCUUUGAUGAGAUGGACAAGAUGCACCCGGGCUUGAUUGACAGCAUCAAGCCGUACCUUGACUACUAUGACAAGCUGGAUGGCGUUUCUUAUCGGAAGUCAAUCUUCAUCUUCCUCAGCAACGCAGGAGGAGAAGACAUCAUCCAGACGGCCCUGGAGUUCUGGAAAGAAGGGCGAAAACGAGAAGAGAUUGAGCUCAAAGACCUGGAGAAGGCCCUCUCCCUGUCUGUCUUCAACAACAACAACAACGGCUUCUUUCGUUCGAGCUUGAUCGACAAGAGCCUGGUGGAUUCAUUCGUUCCCUUCCUGCCUCUGGAGUACAGACACUUGGUGCAGUGCGCCAUUGCUGAGAUGAAAGCCAGGAACAUGAAACCGAACCGCAAGGUGGCGGAAAACGUUGCCAGAGACUUGGUCUACUUCCCCAAAUCCGAGAGGGUGUUCUCCGUCAAAGGCUGCAAGUCGAUAGAGAGCAAACUGGACUUCUACUCAUAACGUAAGCAUCUGAAGGACCCAAGGAUGAGCCACUCUAUAUGGAGGACCAAUCCUGCCACAAUUCAAAAUACAUACAGAAAUAAAUGAAGGACUUAAAAAUAUUAAAUUGUU